AUGCCCAAGUGCUGCUCUCGCAAUGUGUUGGGCCUGCUUUGCAGCAGUUGUUGCGGGCUUGUGUGGCUAGGAGGUGGCAUUGCAACACUGGCUGUGCUCUACGGUUCUCGUGCUCCUCCACGGCAGAUGUGCUAUGGCCAGUUUGGCCCAGUGAUCUUCCUACACCGGGGCAACUUGACGCAUGGGCAAGAAAACACACUAGAAAGUGUGGUUUCAGGAGCUGCCGCCUUAGGCGCGAAUCCUGAGGUUGAUGUCAUGAGUACCUCUGACAAGGUGGCCAUUCUUCACCACGACAGCAACUUCCAACGAAUGACAGGAGCGGACAAAGUUGUUGAAUCAACGCCUUGGGCAGAAGUACAACUUCUGACAGUACUUGCCGAAGUGGAUGGAUACACCUACAACACUACGUCGAAGGUGCCAAGCCUUGAUGAGACUGUGGCAAAUUCGUGCGCCGUCAACCCCGCAGUGGCAUUUGACUUCGAUGUCAAAAGCAAUGUCGCUGCAGAACGUUCGGUGGAUGCCUGGCGGAUGUCCUCUUGUUCAGCGAAGUCUUCAUCGAUCUUUGCGACAGGCUAUCCCACAACAGGACGACUCAUGGUAAACAAGUUGAAGGAAGCAGGCAUGAACAGCCAUGUUUCGGUGUACUUGCACCCAGGCAGCUAUGCACCCCUGGGAUUGUACUUCUUUUUGAGGACUGGCAUUUUCCAUGCAGCUGCAGGCGCGUCCAUUAUUAGCCUCCACAAGACUGUCUGGGACCAAGAGAUAGAGCUUAUCUCGAGCUAUGAAGACAUGGGAUACUGCACCGCCAUUUAUGGAAUCCGACCCGAAGAGAUGUCACUCUAUCCCAGUGCUUCCAUCUACAUCAUCGAUGAAGGCCCCUACUUCCCUGACACUCCCAAUGGCCAAUAUGGCGGAGAUGGGGGAACAGAGGUUGUUACCUAUGAUGGAGACCAAUCUGGCUUCUACGGCUUGCUUGCCCUUGGCAUCAUCUGCUUCCCGAUGCUGAUGGUGAGCUGGGCUUUGUGUUGCUGUUUUUGUGUGCGCCUCAAAAGAGGUAAUGCCGUGCAAGACGUUGUCGUGCCAUAG